AAAGAAACAGUACUUGAGCAUUGUUGGACGUGACUGUAUAAUUUGCCUUAGUGCUUGCACGGUACAUGACCGCUCGCAAAAUUAAACCCAUUCAGAAGAAGAAAAUAGCUGUAUGUCUGCGAAAAAAAGGUAUUGUACGGUUCCCAGUACGGUAAUUCUUUCUUCCAGGUGGACAAGUACAAGCUGGUAAACCGAGACGCAAAGUACUGACAGAAACUUUGACACACAAAUUUCGUUACCUGCCACACAUAGGAAAGAGCAUGCAAUAUUUGUUGGUCAGUGUGGAGCGUUUAUUUGUCGUCGUCGACCUCUUUUCCCAUGCUGCAGCUGCAUCGCAAUUUACGCGAUAAAGGAAAGUUUUUUUCCAAGGUUGACCUUUGAUUAUAUGAUCACUAUUGAGCAGCAUGGAGAAUCCGCCACCAACAGAGAACAACCAAAAUGGAUUUAUCCCGGAAGCACAGCCUCUGGUGGUUAAGCCGAAAGUCCAAUACAAUCCGCGGUCCGUCAGCGGCUAUUUUCCUAGUUCGCCUAAAAGUUUCCGAUCAGUUGACCACGAUCCGGUGCACGCGUCGCAUGCGUCCGCCGAAACUCUGGACAGCUGUGUUAGCGAUAGCGAUUUGGAAGAAUCCCAACAACUCGCAUCGAGUUUCAACUGGAGAUUUUUAAGCUGUAUAUACGCGUUCGUGUUGUUUGUACUUGGUGCUGCCCUUCCGAUUUCUGAGAUUAUUGCUGUGGAUAUAGGCCCGCUUUUUUAUCAGAGCUUUUAUCUAUACCUGUACGUUGUGUCCUUGCUGUUCCUGUUGUUUGCUUUCGGAUUCUUAUUUAACACCGGACGAAGACAAAAACUCAGAGUGAUAUCAUGGUGGCGUAUAAGAGUGCGUUCGACGAGAAGACUGGUAUCACCAAUAUUGGGACUGCGGAAAAUGUCUACUGGUCGCAAUACUCCGGCCAGAUUUAUACCGCAUAAUAACUUAACAAAAACUGGGAGUUUUUACCUGCGAGUGGGAGCGGUGGUUUUCGGUAUCGGUACCAUGCUUUAUUCCUGUUUGGAAUUUGGGCAGUAUUUUGAACUGCGCGGCCUGGGAACCGACUGCGACGAUAUAUUCUCGGCCAUUACACCGGCUUUCCGUUUCAUAUUUUCCUUUGUGCAGUUGUACUUAAUUUUUGUCAAUGCCAAGAUAAGGACGGACCGCUACACGAACGUUGCCAGUUUUGGCCUCAUGCAUAUGGUUGCCACGAACAUGUGCAUUUGGCUGAGCGUCUUAAUAGAAGAGACCAAACACGAACUGGAACACAGCAUUUUCGAGCCCGACACCCACCGGCCUACCGGUUUUGCAGUACACCUGAGCCAUAGUGUUGGCCAUGGCCACGCCGAUAGUUCUCACCAUUCACCGGCCCAUGCCGAUGGUCACGCACCACAAACUCGACUGGAAGUAUUUAUUUCCACUGCUAACGAAGCCAUUAAGACAGUUAUCAAUGAAACAGUUACCGACCGCCAUCUUCCGUCAUGUCGCGCUCGAACCAGUAUGGGGGCUAUUCUGCAGCAGGCAAUUCCCUUCGUGUUUCCCUGCAUAGUGGAGAACAGCCUGAUUUGCGCGGCCUUGUUGUUUGUUAUGUGGCAAGGCUUAGGACUUCGUAAGAACAACAAUACCAAUCUCCCAAAUCCGGACGGAAGUACCACAUCCACACCUCUGUCGAUAACGGGCAGAACCAAGCAACAGUAUACUGUGGACUGCCGAGGCGCAUCUAGAGGAUUAUUUGCCGGUAUACUUGUGGUCAUCAUAACUAUCAUAAGUAUUGCGCUAUUUUUUGUUUGGGUGUGGAGGCCAGAGUUUUAUGGACUUGCCGUUUAUCAAGCAUAUUUGGUGGAGAUAUUUUUAUAUUCGGUUUCCCUUGCUGCUACUAUAGUAGCUUUUGUGCAAUUACGACCGCUAAAAUUUGAUCUGGAAGAAGGGUCUGUGUUGGAUGAUAUCCUGCUCGUGAUCUGCCAAAUGGGAGUGUACUUUAUCUCUGCCUUCGUACUCAUAUCCAGCCGGCAUUCCUUGUUUAAAAACCCGACAAGAGAAGAAUUUUGCGCAGCACUGGCAGCAUUUCUAGAAAUGACACAAUCAACGCUCCAGACUCUCUUCAUGCUGGAUGCUACACGACGGCGACCUUUUCUGCAUAAACAUGUGCAAGAAAAACCGGGUCGUGAACUGGUGACCUUUUUGCUGGUGUGUAAUUUCGCCAUGUGGGGAGUCAAUGUAAUGGAAGCAUGGCGCCAACAAAUGUAUCCUCAGCAGUUGCGAUUUUAUGGAACCUUUGCGUGGACGUUGAUCACGCAUAUCUCAAUGCCGUUGAUCAUCUUCUACCGUUUCCAUUCGAGUGUAUGCCUGUCCGAAGUUUGGAAAGCCGCUUACAAAUUCAAACAUCAGAACGGCCAUAUGCAUGGUGGUCAUGCGCACCACCAGAUCGUCCACAGACAGAUGUCGGUGUGAUGUUGGGAUUGGACAUAUUUCUGGAUGUGGAUUAUUGGAUAAAACAUAGGCUUUGCAGUUACAGAUUAUACUGUAUACGGAUACGCCCUGUAGACAUAUCAUUAUUAUACAACAUCUAGACUUACAAUGGAGCAAAAAUCUCUAAAACAGAGCUGAAGCCUAAUGUGAAUACGGUUGUGAUGUAAUUCGCUUUGUACCAGAAAACGAAUCAAUUAAAAUCCAUGAAA